UGGACCGAUAUGAGAGGAUCCCGCCCCAAAAGCGUGUGGGAGCUGGACUGCUCAGAGUGGGGACGACCAGUCACCGAGAGUAAAGCACACUGACAACUUAUGACUGAAUACACUCCAACCAACUCCCUCGACUACUUGGACGUUGAUAUUGACAUUGGUAGAAACUUUUUUGGGGACAAAAGGAAAAAGGUUACGGAUCGCGAUUGUUCAGUGGAUACGUUUGGGGUUCAAAACGCGUGAAAGCAGAAAGAUAUUGGGGUAAACAUCGCUUCAUAUUGACGGGAUGUAAGUUUUACCACAGUAACGCAGGCGGUCAUUCUGAAGGCUGUGAGAUGCUCCUAUCAUCACUACCCCGACCCCCCAGGCGGCCCUAGCGGGUUCCCGGCUCAGUGACGCCCUCUGCUGGGCGACUGCGGAAGCUCAACCGAAGGGAUGGGGAACACCCUGGAGGACGGCAUGAACGCCGUCAUCGUCCGCCACUACAACCACUCGGGCAAGUGGGACCGGCCGCGCGCGGGCAGCGCCUGCAAGAUGGCCGUGCUGCUGCUCAUCUGCGUGCUGAUCGUGCUGGAGAAUGUGACGGUGCUGCUGGCGCUGUGGCGCAACAAGCGCUUCCACAGCCGCAUGUACUUCCUCAUCGGCAACCUGGCGCUGUCCGACCUGCUGGCCGGCGUGGCCUACGUGGUCAACAUCUUCACCUCGGGCCGCAACACCUUCUUCCUGAGCCCCGCCCAGUGGCUGGCGAGGGAGGGCAGCAUGUUCGUGGCGCUCAGCGCGUCCACCUUCAGCCUGCUGGCCAUCGGCAUCGAGAGGCACAUGACCAUGGUGCGGCUGCGGCCGUGUGAGGCGGCGGGGCGGGGCCGGCUGCUCGGCCUGCUGGGGGCCUGCUGGGCCGUGUCGGUGCUGCUCAGCGCCCUCCCCAGCCUGGGCUGGAACUGCCUGGACGACCUGGCGUCCUGCUCCACCGUGCUGCCGCUGUACGCCAAGAGCUACGUGGCCUUCUGCAUCACCGUGUUCAGCGCCCUGCUGGUGGCCAUCGUCCUCCUGUACACGCGCAUCUACCGGCUGGUGACGUCCAGCGGCCGGCGCGUCGGCAGCCGCCCGUCGGAGCGCUCGCUGGCGCUGCUGCGCACGGUGGUGAUCGUGCUGGGCGUGUUCGUGGUGUGCUGGGCGCCGCUGUUCCUGCUGCUGCUGCUGGACGUGGGCUGCAGCCCCGAGCGCUGCCCGCUGCUGUACCAGGUGGACUGGUUCAUCGCCCUGGCCGUGCUCAACUCGGCGCUCAACCCGCUCAUCUACACGCUGUCCAGCCGCGAGAUGAGGUCCGCCUUCUUCCGGCUGCUCUGCUGCUGCCAGGGGCCCCUCGAGGGCGGCGGCGGUGGCGGUGGCGGCGGCGGUGGCGGGGGCCCGGGCCCCCAGCUGUCGCCCGGCACCGUCAUCCCCACCGCCGAGCACAGUAAGUCCAGUUUGGGCGGGGUGGGGGUGGGGGUAGGGGGGGGCGGCGGGCUCUGCAAGUCCACUCUGAGUCGAGGACUCAAGUGCCCCAUGGCUCCGCCGAGCGGCGAGAGCAAGCGCACGGGGGACGGCCCCGCCCCCACCGGCCCCGCCCCACACUCAGGGCCCGGGGUCCUGCUGUCGGCCGUGCUGGUCAAGGCGGGGGCCCUGCCCUCCCUCAGCAAGUUCUGAGCGGAUGGGGGGGGGGGGGGGGGGCGGGGGGGGGGGGGGGCGGACUGAGGAGAGGGUUUGGGAAGGACGCGUUCCCUGUGUGUACUGGGAUCAGCGCGGACACAAGGGGAAAGCAAUCGAUGGAGGAGCGGACAGGCUGAUCGCUGAUGAGGAUGAGGAUGAGGAAGAUGAUGAUGAUGAUGAUGAUGAUGAUGAUGUUGAGGACCGUUGGGAGGGAACAGUUGGAUCAGAGCCCACAGGGGGAUUAUAUGAAGCCACUACGAUCUGCAAAUUGAUCAAAACGUAUUGAGAUUUUUGUUGUUUUUGUUAUUAUGAGACUUGGAAGCGAUGAACUGCCCUCUGACCUUUGAAGCCUGAACAUAUCCAUGUAUGAUAAGAGUGGACCUAUGCGUGCCUUUCUGCCAAGAAGUGGUGUAGCAAUGGUCUACUUCAUGUACAGUAUGUGAGAACAGAAGGAAAACCUAAAAUAAUUGAAUAUAGCUUCAUUUGAAAGUGUAUAACUGUGUUACUGUGUGUCUGUCAAAAUGGUUGAUGUAAAGAAGCACAUUUGUAAGCAAUGUUUAAUGCAUUUGCUCUACAUCACCUGCAUCUUAUCAAAUUACCCUGUAAACUAUUUAUUUUCGAUGAAAAACCCUAGACCCUUCGGUAACUGGAAGGAAACUAUCUAUAUUUUUGCGUUGUGUGCAUUAAACCAACAUGGUACAUGGAUAUUAAUAUUGACUUUGGCUUCAUUGGAUUUGGACUGUGAGAAACACACAUCUCACCGUACACGCACGCCGUAGAAAUAACACAACAACCCCUCACACUAACCACUAGUGAGUAGAAGCGAGUUGGAUUUUGAGUUAUUUCACCAGUGGUAGACUGCAAAUGACAUUAGCUGUGGAUGAUGAAGUGUCUAAUAAAGUUACAUGCCAGGCAAAAUAAAAACAUGUAUUCCGUUUUUAUGAGAUUCUUCCCACGUGUGUCAUCACUUUACCUCCUCUCGUAUUGAGUCAAUGACGUGUUUCUGUCAUAAAACUCCAUGCAGCAGUGUUGUUCAUACAUGGUAUACGGUAUUUAAGCCUUACAUAUAUAUCAUAAAUAAUAUCUUAAACUUUGACCUUUCUCUUUGUCACCAGUUUUUUAAAGACAACUACACAAUGUAGAAACAGCAAACAGUGUUUACACAUUCAUAUGUUGAAACAAUAAAGAGGGAACGACAUCAUA